GCACCAUGCUCUCGACCGACGACACCAUAUCUCCGGCAACAUCGACUGGUCGGGGGUUUUACCUCCCAAACACGACACUCCGCAUUCGUGAGCAUUUGCCACCGGAACCUCUGGCGGGCCCCAUGUCGGUUAUGACAGCUCGACGGAGACAGAUCGGUCGAGUACGUCGCUAAGAUUUACGACGGCGUCGACUAUCCCCGGCUCGAUCACCGUCGUAGACCCAUUCUCCCCUGGGAUUGUAUGUUGCGCGCCGACUGUGACUACAGCCUCGAGGCCUGGGCCUACAAGAUGAUGCAACCCGUCAUUGGAGGAACUGUCGUGCCGGCCUACUUUGGAUCAUGGACCUUCUCCCUGGACACGGGCCGGCCCAACCAACAGCGAUGGGUCCGGAUGAUCCUUAUUGAGCUUGUUGAGGGAGAAUCCAUGCUGGACAUGAUGCUGCCGGCUACCAUGGACAAGCAUGGUGAGAAAGGUGUGGUCGACUACUCCCGGUUGCCGCCCGAGGAUUUCCGCCUCCGCGUCCUCCAGAACAUUCUGAAGCCGAGAUCAUCAUCCCGUGGGAGACUGGGGUGAGGAGCUACGACGUGCAUCCGCGGAAUAUCAUGGUCAAGCCCGACGACAGCGUGGUUCUCAUUGACUUCAACCGGGCCUACAUUCGCGAGUUCACCGCGGACUAUGACAAAGACCCAAAAAGAAUGAUCCGACCUCGUUACCGCGACUUUCGCCCAUCGUCGCAUACUGGCCGUAUUUUAGGCGGUACUGGUCUGAAUGGCUUCCCCAGGGCUGGCACGAGAAUCGAGAGCUUGCGGCGGAAUGGUUGAUCGAGA